AUGAUGCUCCACGAGGCAGUGAUGUUGGAAAUCUACCGACAGGCCCUUCACGCGAGUGAAAUGGCCAGCCCUAGAUGCCAAUCGAGGGAAUCGUCGUCGGGCGGGGGGCGCUGCCCGUCGGACGAGUCGAUCCGUUCGGAGGGCGAGCGGGAGGACCGGGACGGCAGCGGCGGCGGCGGGGCCAACAGUGGCAACAGUGGCCUCAGCCCGGUCUCGAUCACCCUGCCCCCGACGCUUCCGCCGGCCGCCGCGGCCGCCCUCCUGCCUCAGCAUUCGGCCGCCAUGGCGGCGUACCUGAACGUGGCGGCCGUUGCGGCGCAACAGAACCGCCUCCUGCUCGGGUCGCCGCUCGCUGCCGGACUGGCCGCCGCCGCCUCCCGCAACGGCCAGUCGCCGCCCUCGAUGCUGCCGCCGCUCCGGUCGCCCCGGGACGAGGACGCCGACGGGAGUGACGACGCGGCGCUCGAUUUUAGCAAAAAGUCACGCGCCGACGACGACGACGACGAGGACGACGACGAUGAGGACGAUGACGCGGGUGGCGAAGGAGGCGAAGGUGGUCGCGGCAGCCGCGGAGCCGAUCGGGACGGUGGCGAUGGGGAUGGCGGUGGCGGUGGAAGCGACUGCGGAGACGCCGUCAAUCUGAGCCAAAAGUCGGGAUCGGCCGGACACGACAACAGUCCGCUCGAUCUGUCCGUCGGAAGCCACCGGAAGCGGACGGGGCAUGAGGAGGGAGGGCCGGGGGUGUCCCCACCCCCACGCAAGACCACCCGCUCGCUCGAUUACAAACCGGCCAUCGUGACACCCUGGAGCACUCCGGUCACACCGCAGCUCCCGUACCUUGCGGCAGCCGCCGUUGCCGCGGCCGGCCUCUCCCCGAAGAACAACCACCAUCAGCACCAACUCCCGCACCACCACCACCACCUUCAGCAACACCACCAGCUGGAUGGUGGGUGGAACGGCGGGGGCAAGCACGGGAAGGGUGGCGGCGCUGGAGUGACGAAUGACGCCACGAAGGCACUGGAGAAGAUGUCGGAGCUGAGCCGCCUGGGCGGCGAGGACAUCUACCGGCCACCGCAGUCAAACUCAGGUGGCACGGGAGGUGGCGGUGGAGGAACUGGGGGCUCGGGAGGCCGGCAUAGUGCGUGGCAGUCACACUGGCUCAACAAGGGCGCCGAUUCGGCCAAGGACGUGCUGAAGUGUGUUUGGUGCAAGCAGAGCUUCCCUUCGCUUGCGGCCAUGACGACUCACAUGAAGGAAACGAAGCACUGCGGGGUGAACGUUCCGCCGGCCACCGGUGGUGGCCACUCGCAGCAGUCGGCUCCUCAUGCACCCUCUCCCCAGCACCAUCACCAUCAACAGCAGCAACAACAGCAGCAGCAGCAGCAGGCGGCCAGUCAGAACCAGGGCGGAGGUGGCGGUGGCCACGGGCACGGAGGCCACAACCAGGGUUCGUCGAAGCCGUCGCCGAGCGAACUGAACAUGCUGAUCAAGGAGACGAUGCCACUGCCCCGGAAGUUGGUCCGCGGCCAGGACGUGUGGCUCGGGAAGGGCGCGGAGCAGACGCGCCAGAUCCUGAAGUGUAUGUGGUGUGGCCAGAGCUUCCGGACGCUGGCCGAGAUGACGGCGCACAUGCAGCAGACCCAGCAUUACACCAACAUCAUCUCGCAGGAGCAGAUCAUCUCCUGGAAGUCGUCCGAUUCGGAUAAGGCUGGCGGUCCUGGGGCUGCCGGUGGGACUGGGGCCGCCACCGGUGGCGGUAAUGGUCCCGCGGCCGGAUCGGGAGGUGGCGCCGGUGCCGGAGGUCCUGGGGGUGGUGGAACGACGGCUGCGGCGGCGGCGGCAGCGGCCGCCGCUCAGACCAACAGCCACGUGAGCGCGGUGCUGACGUGCAAGGUCUGCGAUCAGGCGUUCUCGUCGCUCAAGGAGCUCAGCAACCACAUGGUGAAGAACGCACACUACAAGGAGCAUAUCAUGCGGUCAAUCACCGAGAGCGGCAGCCGGCGGCGGCAGACACGCGAGAAGCGCAAGAAAUCACUCCCCGUGCGCAAGCUCCUGGAGAUGGAGCGGGCGCAGCAUGACUUCGGUGGAGGUGGCGGCGGUGCGAAGAACGGAGGCGAUGGUGGGCCAUCAGCCGCCGCGGUGGCGGCUGCCAUGGGAGCAGCCGCAGCUGCCGCCAACAAACCGCUGCGUGAUCUCGGCGCGGGCAAGAUCAGUUGCGAGAAGUGUGGAGAGAAGAUCGAGACGACGCUGUUCGUGGACCACAUCCGGCAGUGUAUCGGGGGGACGGCGCUGCUGGCGGCCCAGCAGCAACGCGAGAAGCUCAAGAGUGCCCUGCUCUCGAACACGAUCCUUCCGCCCGAUUCGAUCUCCCCGAUCGGUCGGGAUGGGCGGAAGAGUGUCAGCGGGGACGACCUAUCGUCACCGCUGUCGUCCGCCAAGUCACCGCUCGGAUCGGACCUCCUGUCACCGGUCUCGCUGCUCGCAAAAAACACCGGCCCCCCGAAGGACCUCAGCACCGGCGCCGCCGGUGAGAAAAGCUCGUCCCCGUCGGUCCUGAACGCGAUCGAGCAGCUGAUCGAGAAGAGCUUCGACACGCGCUCCCGUCACUCGAGCUACGGUGGUGGACAGGGUGGCCAGGGGGGCCAGGGUGGUCCCGGAAGUCAGGGGGCCACGACACCGCUCGGAUCGAGCAUCCUGAAGCGGCUGGGGAUCGACGAAAGCGUCGACUACACGAAACCGCUGGUCGAUCCGCAGACGAUGAACCUGCUCCGCUCCUAUCACCAUCACCACCAGCAACAACAGCAACAGCAGAACUUCCAGCAGCAGCAGCAGUACGGACGGCGAGAGCGGAGUGGCAGCGAGUCGAGCUCGAUCUCGGAGCGGGGCAGCAGCCGGCUGGACUCGUUGACGCCGGAGAAGAAGUUCGACACUCCGAGCCACUCGACACCGCGGGGAACCCCCGAGAAGCCGUUCCUUGAUGGCGAGGAUCAGGUGGGGGUUAAGAGGGAACUGCACAGUGACGACGAGACGGCAACACGGGAAGACCCCGAACCGAAGCCGACCACCGGGAAGAUCCGCAUCAAGAAGGAACUUCAGGAGAUGCAAGACGCCGGGGACGACCAGGAUCGGGAGGAUCGGGAAAUGCGACCCCCCAGCAAAGCGCAGCACCAUCACCACCGGGAACUGCUCCACCACGAGGAGCAUCACCACCACCCGCAGCACCACCCCCAGUCGAGUCCUGCGCCGAGCCCCCGGCUCUCGACGGCCAGCGUCCCGCUGAGUCCGGCCGCCAGCCCACUCAGCGAUCACCAUUCCAUUGCGUCCCGCUCGACACCCGGCGCCGACGGUCCCUCGUCGUCCUCGUCGUCGACGGCCAAGAAGACGGCCACUUCGGCGGGAGCCCCUCCCGGCUCCGUCAGCAGCAGCCUCGGGGCGCUCUCGUCCAUGUUCGACAGUCUCACCGGGUCCGGCGGUUCCGGAAAUGGAAGCGCGGAUGGCACGGGAGGUGGUGGCAGCGGCGGAGGCGGUGGCGGCAAGAAGUCCAGCGCCCACCCGUUGGCGGCGCUGCAGAAACUUUGUGAUAAAACUGAAACCCCCGGCGGUGGUGGAGGACGGGGUGGUGCGGGGUCUAGUUCCGGGUUGCUGGCGGCCACGGCCGGAAACGGCGCCGGCGGCAGCAACACGUCGUCCUCUUCUUCCCGUACGGCUCCGGGCGCCAUCUUGGCGUUCAGUUGGGCCUGCAACGAAGGAGCGGCGGCGGCUGGAGAUGAAGGUGGAACCGGAGGCGGCGGUGGCUCGGGUGGUGGUGGAUCGGGGACGCUCAAGUGUGCGUACUGCGAUACGACGUUCAGCUCGAAGGGCGCCUAUCGGCAUCACCUGUCGAAGGCUCACUUUGUGAACGAUGACGUCAUUCCGGAUCCGAAGAACUCGAUGGCGGCGGCCACCGGCAGCGGCCAGGCAAAGACGCGCGGGUCGCCUUCGGGGGGUGAAUCGCCCCGAUCGGGUGGUUCCAAUGCACCGCUGUCCCUGGUCACUUCCGGCGGUGGCGGUGGCGGCGGCGGAUCUUCUUCGUCGGGUGCGUCCGGACGGGACAGUGUGGAACGGCGGGGUGGUCCGCUCGAACCGGCCAAAAGUCCGCCGGCGGCACAGUCACCGGCCGGCUUCCAGGACGAGAGCCCGCACUCGAAGUUCCUCAAGUACACCGAGCUGGCCAAGCAGCUGUCCUCCAAGUACGUCUGA